AGCUCCCAGCGUGGAGCCUCAGCGUUCGCUGCGUUAAUCAGACUUGCUGGAAUGAUCACGUGGUCCUCUAGCUGCCUGCCUGUCAGCUGCUGCUCGUCAGCAGCUGGCUGGCUGGAGGCUGCAGGCCCGUCUGCAGAAAGCCUUCUAGUUCAGAAUAUGGGGGGUCGGGGGGUGCAGACCCGCCUCUUUCUUCUGCACUUUGCACCAUCUGACUGAUUAACGGUUGUCCUCCGAACCAGAAAGGCUACCAGGCAGUAUAAGGAAAUUGUCUCUGACUAGGUCAUGUUUGCAUUUGAAGAAUUCAGCGAACAGAGUAUCUGCCAAGCCCGGGCUUCCGUGAUGGUCUAUGAUGACACCAGUAAGAAGUGGGUACCAAUCAAACCUGGCCAGCAGGGAUUCAGCCGGAUCAACAUCUACCACAACACUGCCAGCAACACCUUCAGAGUCGUUGGAGUCAAGCUUCAGGAUCAGCAGGUUGUGAUCAAUUAUUCAAUCGUGAAAGGGCUGAAGUAUAAUCAGGCAACGCCAACCUUCCACCAGUGGCGAGAUGCCCGCCAGGUCUAUGGUUUAAACUUUGCAAGUAAGGAAGAGGCGACCACGUUCUCCAAUGCCAUGCUGUUUGCCCUGAACAUCAUGAAUUCCCAAGAAGGAGGCUCCUCCAGCCAGCGUCAGGUGCAGAAUGGCCCGUCUCCUGAUGAGAUGGACAUCCAGAGAAGACAAGUGAUGGAGCAGCAGCGCCAGGAGUCUCUAGAGAGAAGAGCCUCAGCCACAGGACCCACCCUCCCAGCGGGGCACCCCUCCGCUGCAGCCGGCGCCCCCCUCUCGUGUAGCGGGCCUCCACCCCCACCCCCACCCCCUGUCCCGCCUCCACCCACAGGGGCCGCCCCCCCUCCCCCGCCCCCCCUGCCAGCCGGAGGAGCCCAGGGCGCCAGCCACGACGAGGGCUCCGUGUCUGGCCUGGCCGCCGCCCUGGCUGGGGCCAAGCUGAGAAGAGUCCCGCGGCCAGAAGAUGCGUCCGGAGGCUCCAGUCCCAGCGGGACCUCGAAGUCUGACGCCAGCCGGGCGAGCAGUGGGGGUGGAGGAGGAGGCCUCAUGGAAGAAAUGAACAAGCUGCUUGCCAAGAGGAGAAAAGCAGCCUCCCAGACAGACAAGCCGGCUGAUAAAAAGGAAGACGAAAGCCAAACGGAAGAGCCGAGCACCUCUCCAUCUCCGGGGACCCGAGCAGCCAGCCAGCCCCCCAACUCCUCAGAGGCUGGCCGGAAGCCCUGGGAGCGGAGCAGCUCAGCAGAGAAGCCCGUGUCCUCCUUGCUGUCCAGAACCCCGUCUGUGGCCAAGAGCCCCGAAGCUAAGAGCCCCCUUCAGUCGCAGCCUCACUCUAGGAUGAAGCCGGCGGGAAGUGUAAACGAUGUGGCCCUGGAUGCCUUAGAUUUAGACCGGAUGAAACAGGAGAUCCUCGAGGAGGUGGUCCGCGAGCUCCACAAAGUGAAGGAGGAAAUCAUCGACGCCAUCAGGCAGGAGCUGAGUGGGAUCAGCACGUCGUAGGUCGCUCAGCCCCUGACGCCGCCCGAGACCCGGUCCAGCCGAAGUCGGGGACAGCCAGGAGCCCAGCGCCCCAGGCCUCCAGCACACACGAGCGCGCACUGAAGCUAGGAUGUGCUUCGUUUAAAAGUCUUAACCUGUGAUAAAAUAUUAAAAUGAGGAAAAAAGUUCA